AUGGAUAAAACAUAUUCUAUUGACGUCAAAUACAAUAAUACACCAAUAAAUGAUGUUAAUAGUUUUUUUAACACAUUUUAUAAAAAAUUAAAUAAUAAAAAUGAUAUUUUUGAAAAGAAAAUAGUUAUUAUUGAUAAAAAAAAUAAUUUAUUAGAUAAUAUUUAUGUUAAUAAUACAACUUGUACAAAUCAACAUAAUUUGGAUAUAAUUAUUGAGGAAACAGAAAAUGAUAUACAUUCAAAUAAUUGUUUUUUUUCAAAGUCAAUAGAUAGUAUUAAUUUAAUAGAAUCAAAUAAAAUUGGACAUAAUCAAUUAUUAAAUAAAAGUGAAACAGAAAUUAGUAAACAUAAAUAUAGUGUAAUUAAGAAACAUUUUUUAACAACAAUAAAUGACAAUUUUAUUAAUAUUGAUUUCGAAGGAAUUUUAGAAUUAAUUGGUGGAUUUAACAGAUGGCAAAUUUUAAUAUUUCUUACCCUAUUACUUUAUAAAAUACCUCAUGCAAUGCUAAAUUUAAGUCUCAUAUAUAUGAUGUACCAACCAGAUCAUUGGUGUAAAAUUAAUAAUUUCACAACAGAAAAUAAUAAUGAUAAUAAUAUUUUUCAUACUAAUGAAAUUUGGAACUGGAAUACAAUUUUUGAUUCAGGCUUAUUAUAUCCAUAUAUAGAUAAUGAAUAUUAUAGAAAAUCAUAUAAACAAGAUCAAUAUAGUAAUACAAUUUUAAAUUAUUUAAUUAAUUCAAAUAAUAUGAAAAAAUGUGAAUCUUGGGAAUAUGAUAAUAAAAUAAUGAAAGAAACAAUUGUUACUAAAUUUAAUAUAAUUUGUGAUAAUAAUUGGACACGAGCACAUGUUUUUUUUUCAUAUUCAAUGGGAUAUUUAAUUGGUUGUUUUAUUGGUGGUUAUAUAUCUGAUAGAUAUGGAAGAAGAUUAACACUUCUAGUGUUUACUUUUUUAGCAACAUUUUUUUCUUUUCUACUUCCAAAUACUGUUGAUUUAGGAUCAUUUCUUGUAAUAUUAAUAUUAUUAGCUAUAUGUAAUGAAGCAGCAAAUUUAGCAUCAUAUAUACUUUUUAUGGAAAUUACUGGUAAUAAAUAUCGUUCAAUUGUUGGUUGUAUACAACAAAUUCCCUGGGCAAUUGGAUAUAUUUUUUUAACAAUUUUAGCUUACAUAACAAGAUCAUGGUUAAUGAUACAUUAUAUUACUACAAUAUUAUUAGCUAUUUCAAUAUUAUUUUUUUAUUUUAUACCUGAAAGUCCACGAUGGUUAAUGGUAAUAGGAAAAGUUAAUAAAGCUGAAUUUAUAAUAAGAAAAGCAAGUCAAAUAAAUAAAAAAAGUCUUCCAUCUGAUUUAGAAUUAAUAACACAUACUGAAAGAAGUAGAUGGAUAAAAAAAAAUGAAGAAAAAAAUAUGUUAAAUUUAUUAUUUUUUUCAAAUAUAUCAUGGAAAAAUGGUAUUGUUUUUUUUAUAUGGAUAUCAGCUUCAUUAAUAUAUUAUGGAUUAGUUAUUGUUAUAUCUGAUCAAAGUAGAGCAGAAAAAGCAAUUUUUUCUGAAAAUUUAUUUUUAAAUAAUGGUUUGGCAGGAUUUAUUGAAUUACCUACACUUUUAUUUUGUAUUUAUUUAAUGAAAUUUGGAAGAAGAAAAUCACAAAUGAUUAUGUUUAUUGGCACUGGUAUUUUUUUAAUAUUAUCAAUGAUAUUUAUUUUUUAUCAAAAACAUAAAACAUCUUUUAUAUUCAUUUUAUUAAGUAAAAUGUGUAUUCAAGGUGCAUUUAAUAUUUUAUACAUUUUUACAUCUGAAUUAUAUCCAACAAUUGUAAGAAACAGUGUUGUAGGUGUCUCCUCUAUGAUAGGAAGAUGUGGUUCUGCAUUAUCAGGUUACAUUGCUGUUUCUUUUAACACUAUAUCUCCAUUUUUACCUAUGUCAAUCUUUGUAUUUUUAUCAUUAAUUGCAGGUAUUAUAAUAAUAUUAUUACCUGAAACAAAAAAUAUACCCCUACCGGAAACAAUUUUUGAUGCUGUAAUAUUUCAAAAAAGCAAAAAUACAGAAAAAAGAAUAAAUGAUACAUAG